AUGAUGAAAUUAUGGCAACUGGUGUUUUGUGGUGUGAUUAUUUUUGUGUCUAUCAAAAAGACGAGAUCGGAUAAACUCUUGGAUUUUGAGGAACAGACAGUGAAGAGGCGCGUUUUGAAAACUAUAAAAAGACACGUGGAUUUUCAUGUUAAUCGUGAGACUUUGUCAUUGGGACCAAAUGAUACUGAAGAUACAUAUAUGCAUAAGGCAAAGGAAUUCACAUCUGAGCCACCAGAUUUGUACCCCAUUGAAUACCCAGCUUUACCACGAGGUCUUUCAGUAUCUCCGCUCCCACUUCAGAACUCGGAUCACGAGCUGAUGUUGAAUAUAACUUGGGAUCCACCUUUAGGGCCCCCAGUCAGUAGUUACUCUUUAGAAGUGGACAGCAUCAGCGACACGAAAGAGUGCAAGUCAUCUUUGUGUUUUGAAUACAAUAUUCCUGGGGAUGCUCUAUGGACCCUCGUUCCGUCAGAAGUAAGCCCCAUAGUCGGCGGCUGCGCCAUUCGUCCAGGUUGCUCAUAUCGAGUGAAACUCAUGGCCCACCCGUGGGACGGACACACGUCAGCUAAUCUAAAUAUACAAUUGGAUGAAUGUGUGGCAGGAAUUUGCUCUUGCGCUCAUGCACCGCGUCUACCAAAACCCCGAGUUAUAGCGGAAAUGUUUCCUGUCUUGGGAGACUUUUUUGUCAAUGUCAGCUGGUCACUGCCGUCACCUGAAGAACCACUGCGACUACCACCCAAGCUCAAGAAACGCUUAUAUUAUGUGAGCUUAGGUAAACAAAUGAUCUCCGAUGCGCAUCCUUCUCCAUGGUACUCCAACACGAUUACCAGAAGCAAGGAGGCGAAUGGCUUCGUAGCUAACCCUGAAGGGCCUCUGUGGAUGGUUCUACCUAUCAAUGAGAGGGGCAUUGGGCGUAGUAGAAAGACCAAUUUGAUAUUGGAUGUCAAGUUACUAGCACGAGUGAGUUUAGUUGACGAGCGAGGCUGUAUUGGUCCAGCGGGGAACUACACAGCUUAUGAUCCAUCUGAAACAAAGGGUACAACAUUUACUACAUAUCUGCUUUGGGCGUUCUUGGGUGGCGUCAGCGUUCUAGCCAUGGUCUUCGUGCUGGCUUGUGGUACUCGCGUGGUGAAGCACAUCCUGAAAGAGUUUCAGCCAGCGGCGACUUCGCCUCUUCAGCCCUUAAGCAACCGGUCAAUUUGGUUCCUGAGAACGUAA